AAUCAGAAAUCUGCCGAGGGAACCUAGAGACGCGCAGCACGCAAGCACAGCAGCGCAGCCACGGCAGUCAUGACUUCCAGUAAGAUCGAGAUCCCCGGAGAGGUGAAGAGCGACCCGGCUGCCCUCAUGGCAUCCCUCCAGCUGAUGCCCUCACCGGUACCCAACCCUGAGCUCAAGUACACAAAGAUUUUCAUCAACAAUGAGUGGCAUGUCUCUGUGAGUGGGAAGGUCUUCCCUGUCUACAACCCAGCAACUGGAGAGCAGAUCUGUGAAGUCCAGGAGGCUGAUAAGGCUGAUGUUGAUAAAGCAGUGCAGGCAGCUCGCCUGGCCUUCUCUUUGGGCUCAGUUUGGCGAAGAAUGGAUGCCUCUGAAAGAGGAAAACUGCUGGCCAAACUGGCUGACCUGGUGGAGAGGGACAGCGUCUACCUAGCAACAAUUGAGUCUCUGAACAGCGGGAAACCGUUUCUGCCAACGCUGUUUGUUGACCUCCAAGGAACUAUAAAGACUCUCAGAUACUUUGCUGGAUAUGCAGACAAAAUCCAUGGCACUUCUAUUCCAAUGGAUGGAGAGUAUCUGACAUUCACCAGAUAUGAACCUAUUGGAGUCUGUGGACAAAUUAUUCCUUGGAACUUCCCCCUGAUGAUGGCUGCGUGGAAGCUGGCCCCUGCACUGGCAUGUGGCAACACUGUGGUCCUCAAACCAUCUGAAGAGACGCCGCUCACCUGUCUCUAUGUGGCAGCUCUCGUGAAGGAGGCUGGGUUUCCACCAGGAGUUGUCAAUAUUUUGCCAGGAUUUGGGCCAACAGCAGGAGCUGCCAUUGCUUCGCACAUGGGCAUCGAUAAAGUUGCUUUCACAGGAUCAACUGAGGUCGGCAAGCUUAUCCAAGAGGCGGCAGGGAGGAGUAACCUGAAGAGAGUGACGCUGGAGAUGGGAGGCAAAAACCCCAACAUCAUAUUUGCAGAUGCAGAUUUGGAUCUGGCAGUGGAACAGGCCCACCAGGGUGUGUUUUUCAAUGCGGGCCAGUGUUGCACUGCAGGCUCUCGCAUCUAUGUGGAGGAGCCCAUUUAUGAUGAGUUUGUUCGCCGGAGUGUGGAGCGAGCAAAGAGGAGGAUAGUUGGCAGUCCUUUUGACCCCACAACUGAACAGGGUCCUCAGAUCAGCCGGGAGCAUCAGAAUCGUGUGCUAGAAUAUAUCCAGAGUGGAAUCCAGGAAGGAGCCAAGCUGGAGUGUGGAGGCAAAGCUCUGGGCUUGAAAGGGUUCUUCAUUGAACCCACAGUUUUCUCUGACGUGAAGGAUGACAUGAGAAUUGCCAAGGAGGAGAUUUUUGGACCAGUUCAGCAGAUUAUGAAGUUCAAAACUGUUGAAGAAGCGAUUGAAAGAGCCAACAACUCUGAUUACGGUUUGACUGCUGCUGUGUUCACCACUGACAUCAACAAAGCCAUGACCGUCUCCACAGCCAUGCAGGCCGGCACUGUCUGGGUAAACUGCUUCAAUGCUCUCAGCACACAGUGUCCUUUUGGAGGAUACAAAAUGUCUGGGAAUGGACGUGAAUUAGGAGAAAGCGGCUUGAAGGAGUACUUAGAAAUAAAGACCAUCACCAUGAAAACAGUCACCAAGAACUCUUAAGGCCAGCACAUUUCUCCUGGGAGAAGACGCUCUUCCUCAUCCUCCCCGGCAGUCAUCAGAAUUAGUUACACCUUAACAAGCUGUUCAAGCUACCUUACGCAAGACUCUUCAUUAAACUUGUCAUCUUUCAGCUAUAUCAACUUCUGUACGCCCCCUCCGUUAACUACAUCGAAGAAAAAAACAACUGUCUGACCACUACACCGCAUUUCC